UUUCCUCUGUUCAACCGGCUCUUGCAUGAAAGUCUGUCCGGGAGGGUACCGGCACGGAACGGUAAUUAUCCUGAGUGUCCAUCUCUACAGCCCCUGUGCUCUUGUGCUCCUCUAAAACAAGUAUUGACGACAUGGCAAAAGAAACUGUUCAUAAAGAAAAAAAUCUGAAUACCAAAGAGGAUGACGACCUAGAGGACCACCCUAUCAAACUCCUGGAUCCUCCAAAAACAAAGUUGAAACGUCAGCUGUCCAUAGACACAGUUGAUCGAACAGAUGAACUACGUGUGAGAAAGAGACCUGCAAUUCUACGCCAGUCAGACUUAGGUCAAGACAUACCAUCGAGGAAAGAUGAGGUUGACGGCGGUAGACCAUCCUCUUCAGCCAAUGUUGUUCAUUUUGAUACACCAAGACACUACACAGCUAGUGUAUAUGAAACACGAGUCAACACCACAAAACCGGUAACAGUAGUUACAAGCUCUGUAAGAGAGAACGCACAGCUAUUACCAGAAAUUGUCUAUGAUGCGACAGACAUGCAAAAGUCCUACAACACAGAGUAUGUUCCGUUACCUAGUCCAAACCGUUUUAAUCUCAGCGACAUUGGCCUUACGUCACCGUUCACCAGUAGGACACAUGCGGCGGGUGGAAAUCGUACCAAUGAGCAAGAAGUGUUUGUAUUUCCUGAUACAAUUCCACCAAGAAAACUAUCACCAUACAAAAACAUACAUGGCGAUUACAGAGAUACUGAUGUUCCUGAAACAAGAGAAGGAUAUUCAAUAUUAGAUAGAUUGACACAUGAGAGCGUUUACAGGAAGGAAACCUUUCCUGACAGUGAAACUACUAAUGUUGACAAUCAAGACGAGGAACAGACAAAUUAUUCGAGUUGUCAUCUUAAACAUCAUAGACAAAAUCACGUUUCGGAAAGAGGUUUCUCAUGGCCAGAGAAAGCAACAAUUACUGAGCCUGUCCAAUUUAGUCCAAGAAUUGUUUCAACUGAGACAAGACCACGUUUUCCAUCUACUGUUCUAUCUAAUAAUGAACGGUCAAAAAAGGCUCAAGAGGAAAAUGAACUUAAAGCCCGGCUACGUGUUCUAGAAAGAGAAUACGCCCGAGCUAAAGAGGUGUAUGGUUCUCCACACGAUGCAACAAGUCUCAGACAAAUGUCUCCGACAUCAAGAAAUGUAGAAAGUCUUCGACGUGGAACGUUAAGGAGCUUUAGUAACAACGAUAGAUCACCAAAUGAAAAAGACAUUAGAGAGAUAAGCGAAGAAGUGCGCAACAGGUACGACCGUUCAUUGUCUGAUCCGAGAUGUAGUCCACGCCAAAUGUACGAUGCAAUCAUGCGGCCAAGUCCGUUAUGUAGACAAUAUGAUGAACCGUCCCGUAACUCAUUGCCACAAGAUCGGUAUAGUGAAUGCUGGAGAGAGGAUGCAAAACGAAGACUGUUUGUAAAGAGUGACUCAAGCUACGUUAAUGAUUACAGACGACAAAACUCUAGUCAGUACAGCCGUCCAACUGCACACCAGUCAACGGAAAUACCACGAGAAGUUUUAAGUCUUCUUCACGCGCAGAACUUCCACCCCGAAAGCUUAGAGAACCUAAAAGACGUUUUCCGCCGCAAUAACCCUCAACAUGGUUUAGGAGAUGAAGAAGGUAUCUACCCGAGAGUUCCGCAAGAUCAUUUUGAGAGCAGUAGAGAAGCAUACGGCCGUUACCGCCAAAAUAGAUCGGCUGGUAGGAGAGACAUUAGCUAUGAGGAAUGGAAUCCGCCAAGGGAGCGUCUGCCUGGUGAAAUCGACGUUCGUCUUACAUGCGAGAGUAUAAAAGAAAACACCAAGAAGACCGAUGAAAUACUGCAAGAGUUAGAACACGAUAACAAAGACUGUAAAUGUGCGCAAAUAGAGCAUGAGAUACGUCUUAUGGCAAUGGACGCUUACAGUAAGAUCAGGCGUACAGAUAGAAGUGCCGAAGCGCAUGACCAGUUCCAAAACGAACUGAAUGAGACAAACGCUAACGUUUAUAUGUCGAUGCGGGUGCUUUGCGGUAUCAAGUGCCUUUGUAAAUAUGGGCGGACCAUUGAGGAGGUAUUCUCGGGAAGUGUCGUAUUUAGGAUAAAGUGUCCAAAUGUUGAUGCAUUACUGGACCUUUGGCAUUUUUAUAAGGACGGGGAACUUCAGAAGCAGAUGAAAGAUGCUUUUAUCAGUGAAGAGUUGUUACAGAGACAUGGUUGUGAAGACGUAGAUCUGAAGGUUGAAAUUGACUGGAAGAACUAUUUAGACUGCAAGCAAGAACUUGACACAUCUUUAGAGUCAUCUAUCGUUGGAACACCGACCAAGUCUCCACUUACACCAGUACACGGACGAACCCGUUCGGAGCCAGCCUCUGUCACGAAGCAAGCCAAUCAGGUUCUCCUACCAAAGACCGCACAUUCUCCAUUUAGAGAAAGAUUUUGUUCCGACUCUUCAGUAGAGUUGUCCCCAAGGAGGGCAUUCCAGGAGUUAAACGCUGGGAAACACCCAGUUCAUCCCCCACCUUCACCUUCCAAAAAAUAUACACGUGAUAACGUAUUCUUUGAUGAAAGCUCCAGAAGUCCGUUGACGUCACCACGUGGGAAAACAUCGUUUGUAUUCAAACCGCAAAAUGAGCGGGAAAAUGUUGACGCCGGUGAUCCAUGUGUAGUGUGACAAAGGGAGAUAAUUCUUGAUUAACAAUUACUCAGUGACAUGUUCUCCCGUUCUAAUCACGCGUAUGGCACGUUUUCGUGGUACGCGCGAGUGCUUGUAUACAAUACAAAAUAAUUUGACGAUAAGUUUUUGCAUACAUUCAAACAAGCUGCAAGGUUAUGGAAUGAAAAACUGAAGGGAAAAAGAAUGAAAAAGUUCAGUAUUUUAUUUUUUACGAAGUGAAAUACACUUUUGUAUGAGUACAGACUUCGGAACUACAUCAUCGGACUUGAUUGGCUGGUCAUGUGAAGGGACAGGAAUUGUCAAAGCUAAUGAGUUCUUUGUGUGUUACACAAGACUGUAUCAAAAUUAAAAUUUUUAUAUCGUGUGGAUAGAUAUAACAGCUUUUGUAGGAAUUACCUUUCUCUUCAUUAUGGUGACUGAUAUAUUUCUAUCUUUAAACGCAUAUUGGUUAGCUAGCAUUUUUUCUAUUUUUUGUUAUAAAAUCUUUGUUAGUAUGUCGUGUGAGAAAAAAAGCUGGUUUUAGGGUCUAAGUAUUUGUUAGAGUGCAUAUUGGGUGUUAGAGUGCAUAUUGGAUGUUCUUCGUAAAUAAGAAAGCUAAAAAGGAGCGAAGCUUGCGAAGCGACUGUAGCUUUCUUAUUUACGAAGAACAUCCAAUAUGCACUCUAACCGGCUUAGUGCUCCACCCACUUGCGUUUUAUAAUAUAAAACGUCCAGUUUAUAUAAAAUCUGUUCUAUAAAGAUUUGAAACCUGAAAAUUUGAAAAAUCCUCGUCGGUGAUUGGCUGAAAAAAAUUGGCGAGCACUAAAAUUACUAUGACCCUGACGGCAAAGUUUGAAUUAUAUAAAACAAUGAAAGGUUAUAUGACCCGGUGUAAACGGUUACAAUCUUAUAUAACCUAAUUAUUAAGACAAUGGUUAUAUUGCAAAAAAAACGUUUAUAUACAAGCAUAUAACAUGUUUAAAGUAAUUUUGAUGAAUUUACAAUAUAGAUGUAUUGCAUAAAUUGUUUACUAUAAAUAACAUCAAUUUGAUAUAUAUAAAUAACAUUAAUUUGCUAUAAAAACAUAGAUUUGCUAUAAAUAGAAUCAAAAUAAUUUGAUAUAUAUUAGUAGCAUUAAUGUGCUAUAAUUAGUAUCAAACCAGGUCUGGUUUUUGUGAUUACUUUUUAUAUGAUUGAUAAAAUUAUUUAUUAAUAAGUUAAUAAUGUAGAAAAUAGCACUUUUUUAUCAUUUUAAGAGUUUAAUAAUUAUUAUUAAUAUUAUUGAUUUCAUUGGUUUUUAUAUUCUAUUUAAUAUUUAAAAAUGUUAAACCAUG